GCUUCCCAACAAGUGUUAGGAACUCAGACACACUCAGUGCUUCUUGGGAGUCACACAGCAUUAAGAGAACAGCAGAAGGCAUCACAUCCCCAUGAAAUCGGUCCGUCUGAUACUUUUUUUAUGGGAAGAAUGGGGCAUCCACUUGCUGGUCACCGGGAGCCUCGCUUGCCAGAUCACCCUUGCCCUCUUCGCCAACCAGCGGAAGCACACGACCUCGAUCAUUGUGAGAGGCGUCAUCUUCGCAGCCUACUUUCUCUCGUCUUCCAAUGCGGCCUUUGCCCUCACCAAGCUCAUAGUCCUCCAGACCAACGGUCCCGAAAGACCGGACUACGUUACCCAGCUCAAGGGGCUGUUGGCGCCAUUGCUCUUGAUGCUUCUUGGUUACCCCGACUCCAUAGCUGCUUACUCGUUUGAUGACAGCAGGCUUAGCAGCCGGGAUAUGCUGAAUCUGUUGGUCAGUGUCGGUUUCGUCAUCUGGAUCAUGAUUCGCUGCUGGCACAGCUCGUCCCCCGUGGGGUUUCUUUACUUCCCUUUGUUUACCGCUGGGAUCAUGCGAUCAGCGGCGAUGGUUUGGGCCCUCUUGUCCGUGCAUGGGACGUUGAGGUCGCGCAUAUCAGCCAAGGGUAUUUUCCACAAGGAACCUGUCGGCGAGUUCUUCGGCAGUCCCAACAGAACCAGAUGGUCGAGGGAGCAACAGAUCAUCUUGAAGGCAUACCAUCGGUUUGAUUGCUUGAAGCCCCACAUUGUAAACUGGCUCUACCACCCAGAAUCACUAGUGGAAUCUCGGUUAACUGUAGAGCGCAAUUUGGCCUUCAUCACGACUGAGUUCGAACUUGGAUUCAUGUAUGACGUCCUUUACACCAAACUACCGAUUCUCUUUAAACCGCUCAGUCUGAUCUGCCGCUUCAUUAGCUUUUUCUGUCUAGUCUCAGCCUUGUGUGGGUUUGCCAUUAUUUUCAAGAAUGCCUUCUUGAUAGACAUUUACAUUGCCUACACUUACGCCAUGUUGAUGGGAGUCACUGUCCUUGAAGGUUACCAAAUUGUUUUGCAACCUUUUUCAGCAUGGGCCAUUGUGGUGAUAAGCCAUCACCAAAGAAACCGCCUCGGGUCAACAAGGCUAUUGAAAUUCUUAGUUGAAAGGUAUAUGAACCGGAAAAGGUGGUCGAACUCAGUUGGUCAACUCGACUUGUUUGAUCCUCGCCUGUAUGACGAGUGGACAUGGUCCAUUGGCAGAAUCCUCAAACACCUGGGCAAAAAAGAGAUGACCUGGAGAAGGUAUCGGAUUCACUCUCGCCUAAUGAUCCCCAGCUCUCUCAAGGAAUUGCUUGUGGAAGAUAUGGAAAAGCUCAACGUGAUCAGAGGCCGAAAGCCCUUCACUGAAUACGGCAAGCGGACGCUUGAAGCUUGGAAACUCAGCAGCGAUGCAGGGUGGACACAGGAAGCCCUUGAAGUGUUGGAAGGAAGCAUCUCCACAACAUUUGACAAGAGCAUCAUCGUUUGGCACAUGGCAACAAAGAUCUGCCUGUCAGAGCCCGAUAAUUCUCCGAACUGUAAAGGAAGCAAACUGCUGUCCAAAUACAUGAUGUACCUUCUAGCACUGCACCCCCACGUGUUGUCCCUACUGAAUACCAUCGAAUUGGAUUGCGCUUGCGACAUGUUGAAGCUAUUUCUCAGGUACAGAGACCGCAAUGAGGCCUUGCGGACAUUGUCGUCAGAAGAGACCGUGCUUGAACCCAUCCUGGAUCAGAAGGGAACCAUAAUCAACAGGGAGUGGCACCCGCUGUUGGAAGCACAGAAAUUGGCUGCGACACUGAAGGGCAAGGACAACAAGUGGCAGAUUGUAAGCAGCAUUUGGGUGGAGAUGUUGUGCUACGCUGCAUAUAAUUGUCAACUUCACUACCACACGGAGCUGCUGCGGCAAGGUGGAGAGCUUAUAACUCAUGUAUGGCUGCUCUUGAUGCACCAUACUGAUAAGUACACCCAGACUCUCAAGAACAAGCCCACCGAAGAAACCAAAGGAAAGUCACAAAGUGAGUGGUGAUCCUAGGAUUGGUCAUGUUCUGCACCCGAUUGUAGUGUGUAUGUGUCUUUUCUAUUUUCCUUGUUGGUAA